CAACGUUCUUAUGUCAUCUUUAAACCCUGUAUCUCUGCGCAAGCUCCUCCUCAUGGAAACCCUAACCCUAAACCUCUCCUCUCCCCUCAUCCGCCAUAGUCCUCAUCUCCGCUCUCGAUUCAUGUCCUGGUUCUCUUCAACUUCGGUUGCCAGAGCUCCAAUGCCGGCCAUUGCAUUUGGGACCUGGCCAGUGAUGUCCAGAGCUCAAGAUUUCCCAAUUUCUGGCACGGAUGGAGCUUUGGUGGGGUUCAUCACUGGGAAGAGCAAGGUGACAGAGUUAGCUCACUCUGUGUGGAGAAGCCUUGUACAAAAGGGAGAUGCAGUUGUUGAUGCUACAUGUGGCAAUGGCCAUGAUACGCUUGCAUUGCUCAAAAUGGUAGCUAAUGGAUCAGGUCGGGGUUGUGUGUAUGGGAUGGACAUUCAACAGUCUGCGAUAGAGAACACCUCUUUAUUAUUAAAGGAGUCAGUGAAUGAAGAUGAGAGGGAAUUGGUUAAGCUCUUUCUGGUUUGCCAUAGCAAGAUGGAGACUGCUAUCCCAAAAGAUACUCCUAUCAGGCUCAUAGUGUUUAAUUUGGGAUAUCUGCCCGGAGGAGACAAAACAAUUAUCACAACGUCAACAACAACAUUAAUGGCAUUACAGGCUGCAAGUCAUAUAUUGCAUUCUGAAGGGCUAAUAAGCAUGGUGGUUUAUGUCGGGCAUCCCGGUGGCAGGGAGGAAUUACAGACUGUUGAAUCUUUUGCGUCUAGCUUGCCGACGGAAUCUUGGGUUACUUGCAAGUUCGAGGUGUCAAACCGACCAACUGGUCCAGUCCUCGUACUUAUAUUCAAGAAAUGAACUUCAGAAACAUCAACUGUUAAAGUUCAUCUAAGAUCGCUUAACGAUCAGUAAAAUUGCAAAAAUUCUU